GUCAAACAGCCGCAGACAUGACAACGUUACGACCCUUCACCUGCGACGAUUUGUUCAAAUUCAACAACAUAAACCUGGAUCCUCUGACAGAAACCUACGGGAUCCCGUUCUACCUGCAGUACCUCGCUCACUGGCCGGAGUACUUCAUCGUGGCAGAGGCUCCCGGUGGUGAGCUGAUGGGCUACAUCAUGGGGAAGGCGGAGGGAUCUGUGGCUCGUGAGGAGUGGCACGGUCACGUCACCGCUCUGUCCGUCGCUCCAGAGUUCAGACGCCUCGGCCUAGCUGCCAAACUGAUGGAGAUGCUGGAGGAGAUCUCUGACAGGAAAGGUGGAUUCUUUGUUGACCUCUUUGUGCGAGUCUCCAACCAAGUGGCGGUGAACAUGUACAAACGUCUGGGCUACAGCGUCUAUCGGACGGUGAUAGAAUAUUACUCUGCGAGCAACGGAGAACCUGACGAAGACGCUUACGAUAUGAGGAAAGCUCUGUCCAGGGACACGGAGAAGAAGUCGAUCAUCCCGCUGCCACAUCCCGUCAGACCAGAAGACAUCGAAUAACAGUGGAGUGUGGCCCUCUGACGCCCGGCUUUGCUCGUCCUCACUCGAAAUGUGUCGUCAGCCUCCCAACCGGGGUCCGACUGGUGGGAUAUCAGGGAGAGCAAGUCAUCUUUUUAGAUUCAGUCCUAAACUAAAGACUUUAUGUUCAUAAGACCAGAACAAGAGGGAUUGAGUCGUGUGGCAUGAUGCGGUCAGUGGGUUUGGUGCAGGUGAUGACACCAGCAGCAGAGUCCUGGAUGGGGUUUAUUUGGAAUACUUGUGAGAACAUUUAUAAAUUAAACUUUAAAUGUGG